UAAGUUGAGUUGAGUUGAGUUGAGUUGAGUUGAGUUCAGUUCAGUGAUGGUGAGUUUUAGUGUCGUCGACUCUCGGCGUCGGCUGAUUUACGCGUGGCAAUAAAUAAAUUGGUAGAUAACGGUUACUCGGUUAUCGUUCAAAGUCAAAAUGGCGACUUCCUUUUUGUCCGUCGUACGAAAGGGAGAACUGGGCCCGAGUAAAAUCUCUUUCUCUCUCGGGUUGGAUCAUUGUGCUCUCCGCGAGUUAAACCUACCGUUAUAAUAUUCACCAUACUGUUGUGACAAUCAUAAUCACAGUUUUUUUUUUCAUCGUGUGACAAUCUAACAAUUCAUGUGUGUUAUUGUUCCAUUCUUUCUUUACUCCCAUCCCCACCCACACCCCUACUUCCCUAUUUACAUCUCGUAACAAAAAAGUAUCUCCAAUGGUAAACAAAAGUUUCAUUUUUUUUUUUUGAGUAUUCUAUGGUAUAAUUUUGGUGUAAUUUUGUUCAAAAAAUCGAAUGAUUUAUAGAAAAUUCAGUGCUUUUCGAAAUUUACCAGUUUAAAGUGCAAGAACGAUGACGUACAAUGCGAAGAGAAUCAUCGAGCCGAUACAGGGCAGGACAAACAAGGAAGUUACGCCGUCGAGCGGUAUUAAAAAACGGUGAUUGCAAUGUAUUGCAAUCGCGAAUAUCUCGAAGGUCGUUGCGUUUUCUCCAGGAUAUUUUCACUACCCUAGUAGAUACGCAAUGGCGAUGGACGUUGCUCUGUUUCGCAUUGAGUUUUCUCCUAUCUUGGUUGGGUUUCGCAGUGAUAUGGUGGUUGAUAGCAUUCACUCACGGUGAUUUCGAGGAACGUCAUUUACCACCAUUUCAAGUUGAUAACAAUUGGACACCGUGCAUCUAUAAUAUAUUUUCAUUCACCAGUUGUUUCUUAUUUAGCAUAGAAACGCAACAUACGAUCGGUUAUGGUAGCCGAUCAACGACCGAAGAAUGUCCAGAAGCAAUUUUCGUGAUGUGUGUACAAAGCGUAGCGGGUGUUAUGAUACAAGCAUUUAUGGUUGGUAUCGUAUUUGCUAAAAUGAGUAGACCAAAACAGAGAACGCAAACCCUAUUGUUUUCAAAAAACGCUGUUAUUUGUCAACGUGACGGGGAACUUUGUUUGAUGUUUCGCGUUGGUGAUAUGAGAAAGAGUCAUAUCAUUGGGGCAGCUAUUAGAGCCCAAAUGAUUAGAUCCAGGACAACUAAGGAAGGUGAAAUUUUAUCUCAAAAUCAACACGAACUUGCAGUUGGCACCGAUGGACAAAACGGCAAUCUAUUUUUCAUCUGGCCAACUACGAUCGUUCACAAGAUCAACGCCGAAUCACCUUUUUACAAUCUAUCGGCCGAAGACAUACUCACGGAUAGAUUCGAAGUGGUUGUAAUACUCGAAGGUACCAUAGAAUCAACAGGACAAACCACUCAAGCAAGAUCCAGUUAUUUGCCACAAGAAAUACUUUGGGGUCACAGAUUCGAACCUAUGGUUAUGUAUUCGAAAGAAAGACAGGGUUACGAAGUCGAUUAUUCUCUUUUCGAUAGCACCACCCAAGUCGAUACUCCAUUAUGUUCUGGUAGAGAACUCGCUGAAUUUUACAGGGUUCAGGAUGAAAUUCGUCAAGGGAAUAGUGUAAUAAUAGAUGAGGAUCAAUUGGACUUUAAUCAGGACGUACAAAGCCAUUGUUAUUGCGGACUACGUUCGUCGACAACAACGAAUAAUUAUCGUCAUCAUAAUAAUAAUCAUCAUCAUAAUCAUAAUAAUCAUCAUAAUUAUCAUCAUAAUAAUCAUCAUAAUAAUUAUCAUAAUAAUUAUCGUCAUUUAACGUACGUCGAUAGCGCAAGAAGCGAGAACAGUUUAGAAGAUAUACAACCGCUUGGUAAAAGUGCUUGCAAGGAUCUUCAUUGUAUCGGUGGGCAUGGUCCUUCGAUGUUAACAAAUCGUGAAAUGGGUCAAUCAAAGUUGACCGAUGCCGAAUUGGAUGGCAUACAAGUGAUGGGUGACAUUGAAUUUAGACAUUUACCGGAAGCGGUUAACAGAGAAAUCAUAAAGAACAGUCGUGAGAUUGUUUUCGAUGAACAAGAAGUUCGUGAUAGUGAUAAUUAUAAGGAUGAACAUCAUGGAAGAUUGAAUCAAUUUGGUUCGAAGAAAAGUUUCAUAAAGUAUCAUCCUCUACUUGACGAGGAAAGAAGAUCGUUGAAUGGUUCUGGAAGGAAUCUCAAUAAUCGAAAUUUUUCAAUGGGAUGUGAAGAAGGUAGAAGAUCAUUGAACGGUUCUAGAAGAAAUUUAAAUGGAUCCAAAAGAUUUUUAUUAUUAGCUGUCGAUCGUUCUAAUAGCAAUAGAAAUUUGAAUAAUAUUACUAACGGUGACAAUUUAAUCAUUGCCAGACGUCACACAGGUAGCAGGGAACAUUUAGAUGGUAUCAAAAGAAAAAUUGUUUCAGGUAUGAAAGAAUCCAAAGAGAUACACGAUAUUCAUGAAACUAAACGUCGUGUUAAUAACGCUGACAUAGAAGUACACAGCAAAAUUAGUAUAGAAACGGAGAAAACACCUAACAAAGGUAAAAUCGAACUUCGUGAAAUUUUGACGAAUGCCGAUGAAGGACAAGAUUUUUCCGUUAGAUCAUCGAUAGGUUUACAAUCACCUGUCUCAGAUCUUUCACCGGAAUCUGGAUUUUUCGAAGGAAAUCAAUCGAGUCCUGAAACUAGUCGAAGAUUUAUUCGAGUUCCUAGUAUUUCGACUAGAAAUCGAAGAAGUUACGAGAACGCACAAUUGCAGGACGUUAAUCAAGCACUAUCCAAACGAAAUAGUGUUAGCAGUUCGUCCGAUAGUGAUGGACAACAAAGUAAAACUUUAAUUGCCGAUGUUGAACUAAUGGCAAAUGGUAAACAACAAAACGCUACUAAUUCGAAACAAACGAUCUCUUAUACAAGCGUUUGAACAUUUAAGUGCCUUUUUUUUUCAAUAAAAAACAAACACUUUUAAACCUUGUCACUAUUCUCGUUUGUACUAUUACUAUUUCUCUAUUAUUUCUAUAUAAUAUUAAAAUAAUAUUAUUACGAUGGAGAAAUAUAUUAUAUGGGAAUACAAUUUUCGCUUUUGACCGCAGGACGGUCUUAUUUUUAGCUAAAUAAAUUUGAAUUGUUCAAAAUACAAUUCAUUUAACGAAUAGUAUUGAAUGCAAUGCUAUUGUGUUUUAUCGUGAUAUUUUAUUUCUAAUGAAUUCAUUGGAUUAGAGCUUCGCCGUAUAUAUAUAUGUAUAAAUCUAAAUACCUAUCUUUCUUAUGGUAUAAUAAUUUAUAAAUAUAUAUAUAUCCAUUUAUCGGUCUCUUACGUUAAUUAGAUAAAAACGAUACAACGUGUUUCCCGUUUAAGUUAUCAAAUUUCCCAAAGCUUAUUCUUAUUAUCUUCUCGUUAAUCUUUAAAUAAUAUAAUUUAGAGAUUGAUUUUCCCUAAGCAAACUGCGAUUCUUAUCACGAUAUUUACGAAUAAUUUUAGGUUUUUGUAAGUACGAUAGAUGAAUCAAUUAAAUAAAUAAAUAAACAACAAGAGAAUAAACACAACUACGACAAGAAAAUACGAGCCAAGAAAGACAAAAAAAAAACGAUG